GAUUUUUACAGUAAGAAAUCAAACACGCGCCUAAAUUGUCAACGAUGCCAGAACAAUCUGAGCCGUUGAUCACGUGUCCCUAGGGUUUAUACAAAUAGUAGAUCCUUCGAUCAAACAACCCCUCUGCUCCGGCCGUCUUCGUGUCUCUCAUCCUCUCACUCUACUUCAGGUCGCAGCUUCAGAGAUGGCUUUCGCGAAGGCUCAAAAGACGAAGGCAUACUUUAAACGGUAUCAGGUUAAAUUCAAGAGAAGAAGAGAGGGCAAGACUGAUUAUAGGGCUAGGAUUCGCCUCAUUAACCAAGAUAAGAACAAGUACAACACUCCCAAAUACCGUUUUGUUAUUAGAUUUACCAAUAAGGAUAUUACAGCACAAAUAGUGUCUUCUAGCAUUGCUGGUGACAUGGUUCUUGCUUCUGCUUAUUCUCAUGAGCUGCCACAUUAUGGUCUUGAAGUUGGUCUGACAAAUUAUGCUGCAGCCUACUGUACUGGACUUCUAUUGGCUCGCCGUGUCUUGAAGAAGCUUGAGAUGGAUGAUGAGUACGAGGGUAAUCUUGAGGCUACUGGAGAGGAUUACUCCGUGGAACCCACAGAUAGCCGAAGGCCUUUCAGAGCCCUCCUUGACGUAGGUCUAGUUCGAACAACUACGGGAAAUCGUGUUUUUGGUGCCCUCAAGGGAGCUUUAGACGGUGGUUUGGAUGUUCCACACAGUGUUAAGAGGUUUGCUGGCUUCUCAAAGGGUAACAAUGAGCUCAAUGCUGAUGUUCAUCGAAAAUACAUUUUUGGAGGUCACGUUGCUGCCUAUAUGCGGACCUUGAUGGAGGACGAACCGGAGAAGUAUCAAACUCAAUUCAGUGAUUACAUCAAGAAAGGGAUUGAGCCUGACAACAUCGAAGAGUUGUUGAAAAAAGUUCAUUCUGCAAUCCGUGCAGAACCAUUGGCAAAGACGACUGAGAAGCAACCACCAAAGACCCACAAGAGGUAUAACUUGAAGAAGCUUACAUACGAACAAAGGAAGGCCAAGUUGGUCGAGCGUUUGAAUGCAUUGAAUUCUGCUGCUGGAGCUGACGAUGAUGAAGACGACGAAGAGUGAUUCAACUAGCCUUGCCUGGAAUCACAACACAAACUGUAUUUCAACCAAUUCUAUCAGUACCAACCAUUUAGCUUAUGUGAGAAUAUCCAUAUAUUAUAUUUUUUUCUGUCUCCCCGAGGCGAUUUUGCAGCUUUUUUUUUAAUCAAAAUUUCUUAGUGUUUUCUUGAUUUUUGAUGGCCAUAGUUCUAGUUUCCAAAAUUCAAAAUUGAGAUUCUGGAUAAAAUUAAAUUUUUAACUCGGUCGUUGGUUUAUUUA